AUGCUCCUUACAUUGGGGGGUGGGAAGAAUGUCCCUUACAUUGGGGUCAGUGGGAAGAAUGUCCCUUACAUUGGGGGUCAGUGGGAAGAAUGUCCCUUACAUUGGUGGUCAGUGGGAAGAAUGUCCCUUACAUUGGGGUCAGUGGGAAGAAUGUCCCUUACAUUGGUGGUCAGUGGGAAGAAUGUCCCUUACAUUGGGGUCAGUGGGAAGAAUGUCCCUUACAUUGGGGUCAGUGGGAAGAAUGCUCCUUACAUUGGGGGUCAGUGGGAAGAAUGUCCCUUACAUUGGUGAUCAGUGGGAAGAAUGUCCCUUACAUUGGGGGUCAGUGGGAAGAAUGUCCCUUACAUUGGGGGUCAGUGGGAAGAAUGUCCCUUACAAUCAGUGGGAAGAAUGUCCCUUACAUUGGGGGUCAGUGGGAAGAAUGUCCCUUACAUUUGGGGUCAGUGGGAAGAAUGUCCCUUACAUUGGUGGUCAGUGGGAAGAAUGUCCCUUACAUUGGUGGUCAGUGGGAAGAAUGUCCCUUACAUUGGGGGUCAGUGGGAAGAAUGUCCCUUACAUUGGGGGUCAGUGGGAAGAAUGUCCCUUA